AUGCGCCUUCCUCAGCCGCAAGCAUCCUAUGCUCCGAUCCUGGAAUCGAAAAGUAGACGCUCGAAGAAGAUUGCGGUACCUUCACUCUCACCUUCCUUUUCUUCUCUCAUCACCUCUCACCAACAACCGGAUAGCAAACAACCCACCAUGGCUGAGACGAGCAAGUUCCCACCCAUCCGCGCCUGCAUCUUCGACGUAGACGGCACUCUCAUCAACUCCGAAGACGUCUACACGGAAAUCUACAAUCACAUCCUGCGCUCUUAUGGCGCCCCGGACUACCCAUGGAAGGUCAAAGCCAUCCAGCAGAGUCGAGGUCACGAGGGCACGCAGCGUCUCCUCAACUGGGCGCAAAUCGGUCUCACCCCUGCGGAAUGGAAGGCCCUCGAACAUUCUCACGUCCAGCUCUUCCGCACUUGCGAACUCCUGCCCGGCGUCUCGUCUCUGCUGUCGACGCUCAGUACCUUGAAAACACCUUACCAAGCCGUGCACAGCUCGCAGAACAGUCACUCGUCACAGCAGCGUUUCGAACCUCUGCGUCUCGCGCUCGCCAGUUCGGCGGGGAAGACGCUGUUCGAGAUCAAGACGAACCACCUACCUAUAAUUGCCAGCACUUUUCCGCAGGGAUGUAGGGUGUUUGGUGAUGACGAGGAGUUGGUUGGGAAGAAGACGAAGCCGGAGCCGGACCUAUUUCUGCUGGCGCUGAAGAGGAUCAAUCUGAGCAUGGCUGCUGGGUCUCCCAAGUCUUCGUUCUCGAGCGCGAGUGAUGUUGGCCUUGGCGGUGACAUAGAGGAAGACGAGAGUGAGAAUGCGAUUCAGCCUGAAGAGGUCCUUGUGUUUGAAGAUUCCAUUGCUGGCGUUGAGGCGGCGCGGCGUGCUGGGAUGAGAGUCGUUUGGGUGCCGCAUCCUGGGCUGGCAAACGUGGCUCGUGGACGGGAAAUGGAGGUCUUGAUGGGGGUAACGGAGAAAGAUGGCGCCAUCCCGGCGUUUGCUGAUGAGGAGGAGGGUGGUAAGCCAGAUGUGGAGACCGAGGGCGGUGUCGUCAUGAGGUCUCCAGAUGGAUGGGCAGUGAUGCUGAGGAGCCUGGAGGAAUUCCCAUACAAAGAAUUCGGCUUUGAUGUCGAUGAGGGAGCCCUCACCAGCAGUUGAGGCGGGAAAGUAUGGAGAUGACGAAUGCUACUGAACAUCCUGGCAAGGAUGGGCAGUGAUGAUUAUUCCGGGGUUGGGUUCAGCUCUGGGGAAAUACGGGGAGCAUGGUCGAUGGUAACUUAAACAUGAUCGACGCGCAGAUACGCUGGAGUCUGAUAGCCAUCUGCGUUGCUUAUGGAGCCCACAUGCAUGCAUAGAGGACCAC